CUAACCAAGAUGCAGAAGUCGCAAAGUAAACAAGUGUUGAUCUUGCUCAUAAUUCUUCCAUUUAUUUCGCUGGGAUAUUCCAUGCCCCUGGAGGAUUUGCACUCUGAGGACAUUAUUGACUUGUCAGAUCUCGACGAAAGCGCAUUUGUCAAUCCGGAUUUCGAAAUCACAGGAGCUUUGGUCGAGGCUUACAACAAGGAUUCGCUUCAGAACCCCGAGGAACUGGGUACUUACUUUGAGGGAGACAUUUUAUUUCCAAAGAGUUAUAAAAAUGCCCGAUCUGGUUUGCGGUCGUCAAGUAAUCGUUGGACGGGCGGCGUGGUGCCCUACGUGAUCGAUGAAUCGUUUACAUCGCAGGAUUUGCACUAUAUCAGCCAUGCUUUUAAGGAAUAUCAUACCAAGACCUGUGUGCGUUUUGUGCCCAGGACAACAGAAGAAGAUUACAUUUCGAUUACAAAUGACAGAUCUGGAUGUCAUAGUGCCGUUGGACGCAUUGGUGGCGUCCAGCAGGUGAAUCUUCAGUCUUCGGGAUGUCUACGUGAUUACGGAACUGCGAUCCACGAGCUGAUGCACGCCGUUGGCUUCCUACAUGAGCAAAGUCGCCAUGAUCGAGAUUUCUAUAUUAGGGUUAUACACGAAAACAUUAAACCUGGCAAAGAGCACAACUUUGAUAAGGGCCACCCAUACACACAUUCCAGCUUUGGCGUGGAUUACGACUACGCCAGUGUGAUGCACUACUCGCCCUUUGCCUUCUCCAGGAAUAAUGGGCCCACGCUGGUGGCAUUGCGCAACACUCCUGAUACCAGAAAGAUGGGUAAUCGAGACGGUUUUUCCACAGGUGAUUUGCGAAAGAUCAACGCCAUGUACAAGUGCUAAAUGGAUAUUGAUUUUACUGACAUGAUAUAAACAUAUCUGUAUGCUAACAAAUCCGAAAAAAGCUAUUCAAAUAAAUACCAAAUAUUUUAACAUAAA